CUUCUUCAUCCUCAUCCUCUUCUUCAUCCUCUUCUUCUUCAUCCUCUUCUUCUUCAUCAUCCUCUUCCUCUUCUUCUUCUUCUUCCUCAUCCUCUUCUUCUUCUUCUUCUUCCUCAUCCUCUUCUUCUUCUUCUUCUUCCUCAUCCUCUUCUUCUUCUUCUUCCUCAUCCUCCUCUUCUUCUUCUUCUUCUUCCUCAUUCUCUUCUUCUUCCUCAUCCUCUUCCUCAUCCUCUUCUUCUUCUUCUUCUUCAUCCUCUUCUUCUUCCUCUUCUUUUUCUUUAUCCUCUUCUUCAUCCUCUUCCUCUUCUUCUUUUUCUUCUUUUU